AUGGCGGAGACUUUCGCAUUCAAUGCAGACAUCCAGCAGCUGAUGAGCUUGAUCAUCAAUACCUUCUACUCCAACAAGGAGAUCUUCCUGCGAGAGCUCAUCUCGAAUGCCUCGGAUGCUCUGGACAAGAUUCGCUACGAAUCGAUCACUGAUCCAGACAAGAUCGAGGCAGGGCGUGCAGGUGUGGGUUUACCGCAUAGGUCUACUGAGCGUUAG